AUGCCUCCUCCAUUUGAUAUGAUUUCUAAGAUGCAUCCUCCUAGAGAGGCUUGGAGGCUAAAAGUUAGGGUUCUAAGACUUUGGGUUGUACCUUCUUUUGGUAACCAUGAGGUUCCUAACUCAAUGGAGAUGAUUCUCCUUGAUGAGCAUUGUGGAAAAAUACAAGCUACAGUUAAGAAACCACUCCUUAAUAGGUUUAGGGAUCUUGUAGUUGAGGGUCAAGUUUAUAGAAUGGCAUACUUUACUAUUGUGUCAAAUCAUGGUAGUUAUAGAGCAACUUCUCAUGAAUUCAAAUUGGUUUUCCUUCACCAAACCACUGUUGUAGCUGUUGAUGAAGAUGUUAUCCCUAAGACUUGUUUCAACAUGUUUCCUUUUUCUGAUCUGCUGAAUAUGACCGAAGAUUAUGAUUUUUUAGUUGAUGUUAUUGGUCUUUUAACUUCAGUGGGAGAAGAGAAAGAAUAUGCAAAAGAGGGGAAAAUUGUGAAAAUGAUUGUGCUGGAAUUAACUUCCAAAGAUCUUACCUUGCGAUGUGCAUUGUUUGGGGACUAUGUUAAUCAAGUAAAUAAUUUCCUUGCCUCUGGCUAUGUGGAGCAGCCUGUUGUAGUCAUUCAACUUGCAAAAAUCAAGUUCUUUAGGAGUCAAGAAGGCCUUCAAAAUGUGAUGUAUGCCACCCAAAUGUUAUUUAAUCCUGAUCUUCCUGAAGUUGUUGAGUCAGGAAGAGGGGUGAAUGGUACCCAGCCACUAUUUAUUGCAAAAGAGGGUAAAGUUGUGUCCUUGGAAGAUGAUUUCAUGCGUUUAACUAGAAAAUGCACCAUUGAAGAGCUUCAAGAUAAGAAUCAGGAGGGUUCUUUUAUCAUUUUUGGUAUAAUCCAAGGUAUUGUUGAGGAUGGAGGCUGGUGGUAUUGUGCUUGUGUAUGUGGAAAGGGUAUCUAUCCUCAUAAUGGUGCAUAUUACUGUGAUUUCUGUUUGAAGCACAUAACCAAUGUCACUCCAAGAUUUAAACUUAAAAUAACAGUUGAAGAUCAUAGUGGGGAUGGUAUUUUCCUUCUCUUUGAUCGUGAGGCAUCUUAUUUGCUUAAGAAAUCAUGUGCUGACUUGUUUAGCGAGGUUCAAAGAGAUGCAAGUCUUGUAUGUGGGGAUACUUAUCCUCCCAUUUUCCAAGGGCUCAUUGAAAAGAAGUUACUGUUGAAGGUUGAUACCAAAGGUGUCCCACAUGAUACAUUUUAUGGCACUUUCCGAGUUAGGAGAAUAUGUGAUGAUCCCACCAUUAUUACCAUGUUUAAACUUCCCAAUUAUGAUGCUGAUGACGAGUCUACUCCAAAAAAGGAGCCUGAUUUACACAAAUCUGUCCCGUUUGGAAAAAGGGAUAUUGGUAUUAAGGAGAAGUCAUCAAAGACUUGUAUCAAAAGUGAAAAAGUUGCUGGGUCUGAGUUUGCUGCCUUGAUUAAUGGUGAAGAUGGGAAAGAUGAGAAAACACCGACCAAUGAUACUGUUAGUGAUGAUCUUUCUGCUGAACUGAAUAUAUUGCUUAGUUUACCAGAAAAGGAAACUCAGGAGGUGCUGUCCCAUGUUCUCCAUGCACGUUGCCAAUAUGGAGAAAAGCUAACUCAUGACAAUGAUGUUGUCACCUCCAAGGGCAAGAGGAAUUUGAAUCCCCAAUUUGAAGAAGUGGCUACUGUUGCAGAUGGGCGUGGGUCCAAGGUUGCCAAGGUUAAUAGGGUGUGA